GGUCAGUAUCAGUGAUUACGGCGAUUAUGGGUAGCAGUUUUUAAGAAACAUGGAAGGUGCCGGCCGUCCUCCGAAAUUCGCGUAUCUUGCAGUCGUAUUAAAAAAGUUAUUACAUCGUAAACAAAGAGCUUUUUGAAAAAAUCGAUUUCAAUCCAGUUCCUAGUUCGUUACGUACGAUCGCUUUCUCAGCUAUCGACGAUUCGCGUCGAGAUGUUAUAACCUCCUCAUCAUGAGAGCAUCCGUUUGUCAAUUCGUCGUCAAAUCGUCAAUCGUAUUCGUUCGUGUUCUUAUAAGAUUUACAUAUUGUUCAAAAUGAUCUACGGUCUGAAAUAAUUUUCGGAAUAUUUUUACCUACCUAGUUUUUUUUUCUUUCUUUCGUAAUUCGCGUGUUUCGUUGAGUUUUCUUUUUUUUCGCUUAUGCCAUAUUUUUAAAACGUGUAAACUUUAUGAAAAAUCUAGCGCCAAGUUCCAGAAGAAUUGCCGCCAUUCCAGAGCUUUCGCAACGACCGGUGGCUACCAUCGGUACGAAUUUAAUGGAUGAGCCGCAGCUAAACGUCUCAACGUUUAGCGAACAUGAAUUUCACGCUGAUUAAAAUCGGUCCCUCUGACGACGAAGAGUAUCCAGAAUGCAAACGAUUAAACGAUCCGGUGCCGAAUCAUUUCGUAAAAACCGACUCGUUCACGGUUCUGCCCCCGUUAUCGCCUCAAAUACCCGGACCGCCUCCGACUCCAAAUCCGUAUCGAAUACUUCCUCCGAUCGUAUCUCGAAAACGACCAUCUUUCGUCAUCAUACAAGAGCUCGGUAGCAGAACACCGUCUCGUGAUCCGUCACCAUCCGGCAGAGUGAGUCCUUUCAGAGGAUGCGGCUUUCGACCACACUCCAGAGAAGCGUCUCCGACUCGAGGGGAUAACGAUGAGAACGAAAAACACCAGUCGAGAAGUAGAUUACCGAUAGCUAAACGUGGCCAGAGAAAGGUUAGCAAAUCCGUCAGUCCGGUUGGGACGAAAACCUCCGGAAUUCCUAGACCGUUAAAUCGUCGUAUAUCGUAUUCGCCGAAUCGAACUCAGGAAAUAUUAAAAGAGAUGAACGCUAAUAAACGAGAUCUAAUUAAACCGCCGCCGUUAAAAAGUUCGGAAAAUUUGACCACAGCGAAUGCGGCGGUCAAAUCGCCUGUUCGACAGCAAAAACCACCUUUACCGCAGAAACCGACGAAACCAAAGACUCUAAACUUAAGCAAGACACCGGAUAAAAAACCCACUCCAGUAGCAUCGCCGACUAAAACGUUACCUCGCCCUGAACCCAAAAAGAUCACAUCUCCUAUGAAAAAAUCACCCAGCAGGCCUCCUCAACCCAUACCCAAGACUCCUGAAAAAGGUAAACUAAACUCGGUCAAAUCCAAAGAAAAUCUCGCCCCUAAAUUACCAAGUCCUGCCCGAUCACCGACUAAAAUCACCAAAUUACCUCCCAGAUCGCCUUCCAAAAUAAUAAAAAAUGAAAAAAAACCUCCGCCGAAAGAACCUGCCGCAGCGAGCACCAAACAAGACGAUAAAACUGCCAAAUCCACGUCUCCUGCCGAUAAAGAAAAAUCCCCCACGUCCGAAUCAGCGGAUAAAUCUUCCGAAGAAUCCAAAGAUAAAAUCACAGCGAUGAAAAAUAUCAGGAGAAAAGCCAUAACAACGAAUAUCCUCUUGAACGCUGCGAAAAAAACCAAAAAACCUCCGGAGAAAAAAUCCCCCGAACCUGAGACCAAAAAGGAAGAAGAGAAGAAAGAUCUGCCACAUUCGGAUACAUCGAGAAGUUUACCAAUUACGAUAGGAAGCUCGACGAUGACCGAAUCAUCAGCUACCCUGAUUCGUACCACGACUGAACCUGCUUUAGCCCCUGUAGAACCAGACCUCAUAAAUGAAAUUCGAUCAGCCAUCAUGAAUGAAAAGAAUGAAAAGAAAGAAGAAGAAAUUUGCAUCAAAGAAGUUAAAAAAGAACUCCAGACUAAUCACACAUCCGAUAACGUACCACCUGCUGAACCAGUAGUCGAAAAAAGUGAGCCAAUGGUUGAGAAAUCCGAACAAGACAAAAUUAUCGAAUCGAUAACCCAAGUCGAAAACGAAAUUGAAAAAAUCAUCUCCAAGUCUGAAACUCGAACGUCGCUGCUAGAAAAACAAGAGUUGGAGGUGAAAAAUUCGCCGAAAUUGUCUAGAGAAACGUUAGUCAAAAAUUCGCCCCAAUUGAACAGGCAAGCAGAUCCGAAAAAUUCGCCUAAACCAGUUCACGUGGUAGCUGUGACGAAAAUCGAAGAACCUAAACAAGAAAUCACGAACGUAGGAAAGAUUAAGCAAGAGCCAGAUACAGAAGUUGCCAGUGUUAAUAAUCCCAUCAGUAACGAGAACCGAAACGGAAUGAGCAAGUCAUCGUGGCUAAAUGAAAAACCGGUAUCAAACACGAUGAAAAAGCUCUCGUUGAAGAAAUCCACCAAAGAACACAUCUCCAAAGAAAUUCUAGUCGAGCCGAAGAAACUGCAAUCUCGAUGGAGCAAAUUCAAACCAGGAUGUCCGAAAUGCUUCAAAAAAUCUGAAAAAACAGUACAAAUUAGCGCAAUCACCAAAGCCGAAGAUGUACACAAAUUACCAAAAAAAUCCUGCUUCAAACAAUAUUUCUGCUGUUGCUGUUACAAAUGUAAGCUAAAAAAAGGUAAAAAGGAAGUAAAACCAGAGCAAGCCAAACCUGAGCAAGCCAAACCUAAAAAGAAAUCGGUUCCUUUCCGUUGCUUCAAUUGCAAGCACGCCUUUAGAAGUUUAUUCAAUAAGAUAUCUUGUAAGAAAAAGAAAAAGGCUACGGUUCCACCAAAGGCAAAGGCAAAGGCAACAAAAUCAGAUUCCGGAGUAGCCUGCGUAGACGUACCGAAGAAACCAGGCUGCUGUGGUAGCUGUAAAUCGAGCAUUUUCAAAUGUUUCAGCAUUUUGUGUUGUCUAAAUACAGCUUUUUGUUUGAAAUUGAGUAACUGUUGUAAGAAAUCGUGUUGCUCCAAAUGUUUAUGUUGCGGAGGAAAGAAGAAAGAGUUAACUGAGCCGGAACGUAGAAAAAGUACCAUUUCAGCUCCGAGGAAAAGAAGAUGGACGAGGAUGUUCACUGAUUUCCCAAAAUUAGAUAACAGUUUCGUCGAGCAUGGAUCAUUGAUGAGAGGAGCUAUACCAGUAUUGCCAGUACCAUUAGCUUGGAUAUGUUUAAUUUUGAAUGUCUUCCUGCCAGGUUUUGGUACAUUAUCCAGUGGAAUAUUUUGUUUAUUCGUCGGUAAGCCAAGGUUUUCGCCCAAUGACUCCAUAGUAUCGAGAAUAGGAGCGUUUUUAGUGAACUUGCUAGUCGCCGGCUCUCAACUUUUCACCGUAUUGUUUUGCUUAGUCGGCUGGGGUUGGAGUGUAUGGUGGGGAGUAAUUAUGUUUAAAAUGGCUAAGAAAAAUAAACGAAUAAUGUUGGCCGAGCAAGCAAUCGGGACAUCACACGCGACACCAGUUCUGAAUCAGAAUCACGACGCUGAACGAGGAUUAGCCAAUGGAUAGUAAAAAAUGUACGAAAAACCGAUGGGAAUAAUUUCUGAAAAAGAUUUAAUCGUCUUUUAUUAAAAUUAUCGCGAAGGUGAAAACAUGAAGUUUUCAUUAGCCCUUCGCCAAGAAAUUGGCAUCUAUACUAUAAAUAGGUAAACGUACGUUAUGAGAUGUGUGAUGAUUUUUUAUGGAAAAGUUGGAGAUUUGAUUGAAGAACAAUUUGUACGGAAAUUAUACGUUUUUAAAAAUCGUUUUCCAGAAAUACCUUCUAGAAAAUGCUAUUUGAUAAGUUUAAUUUAAAUAGGUACCUAUUUAAGCGUAAAAUAUUUUCUCGUACAUACCUACAAACCUAAUUUUACGUUUAUACUAAUUUUUCUUAACAUGUUUAUUCUUAUAAGUUAGGAAAUUUCUAACGAAAAAAUGAAAUGAUUUUUGAAUGACGAAAUUCUGCGAUAAUCAACUACAUUUUUUUUGAUACUUUUUGACUAUUUUUUUUUUUUUUUUUUUGAAAUGAAUUAAGCAUGAUGGAAUAGAAGAUAAAUCUCAAAAAAAUGCUCCAGGGUCCAAUAAUAUGAGAGCAUUAUAUAUUUUAGAGUGGACUGAGAAAGAAAAACAGUUGGAAAAUUUUGACCAAAUUCAGUAGAUGCCUUCAUUUUGAGUUGAAAAUCGACCAGGAAAAUUUUUGGUUUUGGAGGUGACCCUGGAAGAGACAUAUAAGAUCUUAAAGAGGAGACAAUUUCAAAAAAUCGUGUUUUUUUCGCUUUAGCCUCCACCUAACCUGUUUUGACAAAAAUGGCCCAGUCUCAAAAGACAGUAAUUGAGAUGUUGCGGUGCUUUAGGUCAUUGACAUCAAAAUCCAAAACCACUUUUAGGGUUCUACUGAGCAAUUGGAAAUUUGCAAAUUGUUUUUUUGGGGGGGGGGAGGGAGGAGAGGGCGUAAACGUGUUUUGAAAUUUUUUUCUUCUGAAAUAUUUCGAAUUAAUCAAGCCAAAACAUGGAAAGAUAUAAUUUCUGAAACUGGGGAAAUAAUUUGGAAUGCAGUGGUGCUAUUUUUUGAUCACUAUUGCCAAUUUCAAAAUUUAGAAAAAAUAUUCCAAAAAAGUAGGUAAUUAAAAAAAAUCAAUUCGUUUUGGAUUUUUGAAAUUGAGAAAAAACAUGAUUUUUUCUAAGAUGACUUCUUUUUGAGGACCCAUGUCUUCCUUCCAGUGCCACCUCAGAGCUGUCAGAAGUAAAAACUUUUUCUGAGUGACUUUCAACUCAAAAUGAAGAUCUCCAUUGAAUUUGGUCAAAAUCCUUCAACUUUUUUCGCGAAUUUUCGGGAGAAUUAUCUAAAUCCUCAAACAGAACAUCCCUGCACAACUUCAUUUGAAAAGGAAAAUUUUUUUGAUAGGACAAUUGGUAUUUAGUACUGGAAUUAUUGAUCAUAAUGAUGAAACAAAACCAGGUGUGUAAAUAGUAGGUACAUACUUUUUAAAUAUGGAAAACAUAUAUUCAAUUUUUGUAAACUUGUUGUUAACGAUUGUACAUUAUUCUUGCAAAUACAGAUACUUAUACAUUUU